AAAACAUAACACAUAACAUAACCUACUAUAUUUCAAACUGUUCAAAGUUCUGAGAGUUAUAUAGUGAAUAAAAAUUGAGCUAUAAACUAGAUAUAUUCAUUCAAUUCUUCAGUUCUUCAAAUGUAUUUUCUGGAGUAAUACAUUUUUACUUUCGGAGAUAUGUCUGGAUUGUUUACAGAUUAUAUGACACCAGUUUUACUGGAAUUGGAAGUUCUUUGGAUAAUAUGCUCCAUUUGUAUCAUUCUAAUCAUUGUAGCACUCAUUGUGACUGUUCACUAUCACAAAAGAAAAUUUUCAAAGAUUAGAUUCAAUAAUCACAAAAAUUUGAAAGUUGGUAUCUUUCAUCCAUAUUGUAAUGCUGGUGGAGGAGGGGAACGAGUUCUUUGGGUGGCUCUAGAGGCUUUACAGAAAAGAUAUCCCUCUGCUCAAUUCUACAUUUAUACGGGUGAUAUAAGUGUAGCGGAACAUGAUAUAUUGAUGAAUGUUAAGAAUGUGAUGAAUAUUGAUAUCCAAGAAAAUAUCACAUUUAUCUAUUUGAAGAACCGAUCUUGGAUUGAGGCAUCGAAAUACCCAUGUUUUACUCUAUUGGGGCAGGCUUUGGGUUCUAUGUACUUAGGAUUUGAAGCUUUGCAAUUAGUUGUACCAGAUAUCAUGAUAGAUACCAUUGGGCUAACGUUUGCCAUGGUGAUAUUCAAAUAUAUUGGUGGCUGCCGAACUGGAAGUUAUAUUCACUACCCAGUCAUCACUAAAGAAAUGACAAAAAGAGUUUCAAAUAGGGAAACAGCGUUCAACAAUUCUGGUCGUAUAGCAAGAAGUCCUCUUCUCACAUUUGGAAAAAUCAUUUACUAUAAGUUUCUUGCAAUGAUGUAUUCUUGUAUGGGAAAAUUCUCAGACAUUACCAUAGUCAAUUCGACCUUCACCUUGGAACAUCUUUCUGCACUGUGGAACACCCCUUUGCAUUUAGUGUACCCCCCCUGCGACAUCCGAUGUUUGAAGGAGAUCAAAAAAAGUAACAAACCUAAAAAUAUCAGGAUAUUAUCAGUUGCUCAAUUUCGACCAGAAAAAAACCAUGCUUUGCAGUUGCAAUCACUCUAUGAACUAAGGGAGAUAGUGGCUGAAGAAAUAUUCGAGCGUAUUACUUUGGUUCUCAUUGGUAGUUGUCGCAAUGCUGAAGAUGAAUCGCGAGUCAAGGAUCUGAAGGAUCUGUCCAAAUAUCUCAGUUUAGAUCAUAACGUUCAGUUCAGAGUGAACGUUACCUUUAAUGAACUACUCAGAGAGUUUGAAGAUGCAUUUAUUGGUAUUCAUACGAUGCAAGAUGAGCAUUUUGGUAUUAGUAUCGUCGAACAGAUGGCGGCAGGGUUGAUAGUUGUAGCACACAAGUCUGGAGGACCACUUCUUGAUAUAAUUGAAACUUGCGAAGGAUCGAGGCUUGGAUUUCUCGCAUUUACCCCCCAGGACUAUUCUUACUGCUUAAAUUACAUCAUUAAUGCUGAAGAGGAUGAGAUCAAUGCUAUCCGUGGAAGAGCGAGAUCUUCUGUUGAUAGAUUUAGUUCAGAAAAAUUCUGUGACGAAUUUUUGAGAGCCAUAGAUCCUCUAUUCAAAUAUAAUUGAUGAUAGUACAAAACUAUAUCUGAAAAAAAAAAUUUUUUAUUUAUCAAUAAACAAUUGGAGUGAAUAAUCA